AUGAAGUCUCCGGGGCGGGCCGAUUUGCAGGACUUGAGUGUUGACCUCUUCGAGCGGUACAAGGAGUACUUGUUGGGGGAUUCUGUCCAUAAUCUCCAGGCGAGGGAUGCCUCUGACAACGUCAUUCACACCCCUCCAUGGCAGCUGGUCCUUGCAUAUGAACAGGCCAUCCGCAAACAGGCUUUCCACUACAUGGUUGCCGAUGGGUCUCCCAUGGGGGCCUCUUGGGAGCGGGCUUGGAAAGAUCCUGUGACUAAGGAACGACACUUCUCAACUCCGCUCUCGCUCUACUCCAAGCGUAAGCCCGAUGGCAACAUCAACAUGCCGCCCAGUCGCCCAGGCAGACUUGGAUCCCUCGGCCACCGGGAAAGGGGCAAAAGGGCGCAAAGGGUGCCAAGGGGCGCGGACGUGGGGGCCGCUCCUUCUGCGGCCACAAAGACUGGGGAGCCAAUCUGCUUCAGGUACAACACCGAGGAGGGUUGCUCCCUCGCCAACUGCAAGUUCAAGCACAUUUGCAGCCAUUGUUUCGACCGCAACCGCAACUUCGUUGGGUGUCCAAAGCGGAAGCCUGCCGAUACGGAUUCUUUGCCUGUUCUGCGGAAAGCAACGUCGGCGCUCGUUGGAAUCUUGGCUUACAAAGUUAUCACCUUCCUACAGGCUCCCGCUCAAGGAGAUUUCUUGAUAGGACUCCGCUGGGCCGAGCGUCGCAAGGUCAAGCUGGGCAACAACCUGGCCGACUUCUCCAUGCGAGCCGCUGCGGCCACUCUGGACUUGGGCAAGGCCUGCUUACUUUUGGAACAACCGGAUCUGGGUGCCGUGGCGCCUGGGUUGCGCCCUUCUUCCAUGUGGGCACGGCCUUCCUUUCGAGCCAUCGCUGGACAUUGCAAUGCGCGGCACGUCGUCUUCCACCAGGCGGACUUUGGGGCGAGCUAUCCCAAACCUACUCGGCUCCUGCUUCGCACCACGCAGCCACUGCUGCCGUUCAUGCAGACUGGGCUUCCGGAGUUUGAUGAGGCUGGCUUCUAUCGUGGACCCUUGCCGCGACGUGCUACGUCCACUCGGAUGCAGCCGCGCUCUGGUGCUCCAUUUGCCACGACAGGUACGGAGCAGUGGCCUUCCGGACUCUGCAAAUGGGUGGCACAAUCCAUCCUCGCGGAUUUCGUGGCCUCGAGCUCUUCUACUAGCGAGGGGGAGAUCCAGGACUUGGAGCCCGAGUCCACGGAUGAGGACGAUGAGCAGGUGGGGGACCAGGAGAAAAUCUUCCGCUUCGAGCCGCCCACAAAUUUUGAGCUUCCUGACGAGACCCGCGUCAGAGAGGCCGCGGAGGACAUCGGGGGCCGGCGGUCCUUUACCACUGGGGCCUUUGUUCAUGGUGACACC